AUGGCUAUGGCAGUGGUCUCCGUGGAUUCCGAGCGCUCCGACCGGAGUAGCCCGCUGAGCCGGCGUCGCAACUGGUCCUUGUCCGCUCUGCGGACCGCAUCAUCCGAAUCCUUAGGUGCCGAUGACGAGGCAGCAGGUAUAGAAAAUUAUGUCCUGCUGGAGAAAAUCGGGCGCGGUUCAAGCGGGCAGGUCUUCCGGGCUCGAAGAAAGGCGGACGAAAAGGAAGUCGCUCUGAAGGUUAUGUCUGCAACCAGUCCGGACGUGGUUGCCUCACGCCGCGCAGAGUUCGAUAUACUCUCUCGCCUGAGUCAUCCCAACAUCGUGCAAGGUUUGGAGUUCUUCUGCUCAGACUGCACUGCAGUCAUCGCCCUGAGCUACCACUCGGGUAGCACGCUGUACAGAGCGGUCAGGGACUCCGCGUCUUCCUGCUUGACGGAAGCAGACUCCAAGCGGCUCUUCCGCAAGCUCAUCUCCGCAGUGUCGUAUCUGCAUGAGCAUCGCAUCGUGCAUCGGGACGUGAAGGCCGACAACAUCCUGGUGUCGUCUGAUCUUAUGGACUUGCAUCUGGUGGAUUUCAACACUGCGAGGCCACUUCUGGAGGGUGGCGCUCUUACUAUGACAGGGACCCCCGAGUACGCUGCUCCGGAAGUCUUGAACGGAGAGUCGCCUUCGGAACAGCACGACGUUUGGGGGGCCGGCCUGUGCCUGCACUGGAUGCUCAUGGGGGCUCUUCCGCAGCGUUUCAGUGGAUAUCCGACUGCCUUUGCACCAGUGACAUGCCACGGUAUGCAGUGGGAAGCCAUUUCUGUGGAGUGUCGGGAUGUGGUGCAGCGAUGCCUGACUAUCUGCAAGCAUGAACGCCCGGCAGCACUGCUGGUUCUGCAGCUCCCAUGGGUAGAAGCAGAGCCGCAGGAGCAACCAAGGACCUCCUCCGAUCAGACUGCCUCGCGAUCUGCGUGCAUGAUGAUGUCGUACCGCCUUGAUGGGCCCCUCUUCACAUCGUAG